UCAGCAACGGUAGGUUUCAGUAGUCCAAGAUGGCGGCGGAGAGCGGGUUGGUUAACAGAACUCACUUGGAGAACAACUACAGCCACGGACUCGAUGGCAAAGGCUCUAAAGGUGUCAAUGGAUUCAAAGAUUGCACCAUUUCCCAACGCAAGGCUCCAAAACCUGAAGCGAAAUCUGAAGAUGACAAUGAUUUGUUUCCCAGAACCAUGGAUUUGGGCAAAAAUAUCAGUCCCACCCCCCAACCAAAGGAAGGGAGUCAAGAAAAAGAUGUGAAGCCUGUGGAAGAGAAAAAAGUGGCCAGACCCAUCCAGAUUGUCGAGGCAAAUGAGCACAACUUUGAGCUGAACGCCACGGCACUGGAGGAAGUCCUGCUGCAGAAACAUGUGAAGGACCUGAACGUGGUUGUUGUGUCUGUGGCUGGAGCCUUUAGGAAGGGAAAGUCCUUCCUGCUGGAUUUCAUGCUGCGCUACAUGCACAACCGGGAUAAAGACUCAUGGAUAGGAGGUAAUGAUGAGCCCCUGACUGGGUUCACCUGGAGAGGAGGGUGUGAGAGGGAAACCACAGGAAUUCAGGUCUGGAGUGAAGUGUUUGUGGUGGAGAAGCCUGAUGGCAGCAAGGUUGCUGUGCUCCUUGUUGACACACAAGGAGCAUUUGACAGUCAGUCUACCAUAAAGGACAGUGCUACAGUUUUUGCCCUCAGCACAAUGACCAGCUCUGUUCAGGUGUACAAUCUCUCUUCAAACAUACAAGAGGAUGACCUGCAGCACCUCCAGCUCUUCACGGAAUAUGGCCGUCUUGCAAUGGAAGAGGUGUCCGAGAAACCUUUCCAGUCUCUAAUGUUCCUCAUUCGGGAUUGGUGUUUUCCUUAUGAAUACUGUUAUGGAAUGAAAGGAGGCAAUGAAUUUCUGGAUAAAAGAUUGCAGGUUAAACAUAAUCAACAUGAAGAGUUGCAGAAUGUGAGAAAUCAUAUCCAGCACUGUUUCUCCAACAUCAACUGCUUCCUGCUGCCACAUCCUGGCCUGAAGGUGGCUACUAACCCAAAAUUUGACGGCAGGCUGAGAGACAUCGAUGAAGAGUUCAAAAAAGAGUUGGCCCAGCUCGUGCCUCUUCUUCUGGCGCCGAGUCAGCUGGUAGAGAAAGAGAUCGGAGGCAACAAGGUCACCUGCAAAGAUCUUCUGGAGUACUUCAAGGCUUACAUAAAGAUCUACCAAGGAGAGGAGCUGCCUCACCCAAAGACCAUGCUGCAGGCAACAGCAGAGGCCAACAACCUGACAGCUGUGGCAGGAGCCAAAGACCUGUACAGCAAGAAAAUGGAGCAGGUCUGCGGUGGGGACAAGCCUUACGUCGCCCCGGCUGACCUGAAGCGCUGCCACGAGGAGAUCCGCGAUUACUCUGUGUCUUACUUCCGCUCUGUGAAGAAAAUGGGGGGCAAGGAGUUUUGCCAGCGCUACCAGAAUCAGCUGGAGUCAGAGCUGGAGGAAACCUACACCAACCUCACCAAGCAGAACGAUGGCAAAAACAUCUUCUACGCAGCACGCACCCCUGCCACGCUUUUCGCUGUCAUGUUCAUCACCUAUGUGGUGUCUGGAGUGACGGGUUUCAUCGGCCUGAGCACCUUAGCCACACUGGCUAACCUGGUCAUGGGCGUGGCGCUGCUGUCGCUCUGUGCCUGGGGUUACGUGAAGUACUCAGGAGAGUUUCGGGAGGUGGGAACGAUUAUAGAUGAGGUGGCAGAAGCACUCUGGGUGCAGAGGAUGGUAAGAAAGGUUCUGAAGCCAGUUACUGAACAAUACAUGGGGGAUAACAUGAGACAGACAGUGAUGAACUCUAUUAGAGCCAGCUUGACAGAACAAGGCUCGCAGCAAACAAGGUUAAAGACUGAUUGAUGCUCUUCCUCCUCAACUCUACCUGUUAUCUUCAUCAUCCUCCUCCUCACUCACUCGGCGUGUUCAGUCCUAGAACUGUGAAACUAGUUCAACACCAAAGCUGACCCACUUUUUUUUGUUUUUCCUGCCAAAUGUCCUUCAUCACAUAGCUGCCCCCCUCUUUAUUUGCCUGUCAAGGACUUGAGGCCCUUUGCCUGCUCUGCUCUUCAUCGCCCCCCAGUGCCUCAGCUCAGAUAUUGCAUGUUGACUGAGCAGAGUCCAGCCUCCUGCCAAAACACCUGACAAAUCUUCUCCAGUGUGCCAUGCUGCAUUGUGAUGCAUACUGAAGGCUGACACACACGUACACACAGAUUGAUGCUGGUAGUGAACUGCACUCGUAUCAUGAUUAAGCUGUAAUUCAGGGAAAACUGACACAGCUGUGGGCAGCUGUUAUCAGCAUUGGAUGCAAACUGAAUUCAUUUCGUCUUACAGGCCAGCUCAGUUUACACCCUCUUCUGCCUGGUGAUGGCUUGUCCUGCAAGAACAGACAACUAAUCGACUCGCAAAGCUCAUGAAGAUGUGACGCUCAAGUUUCUCUUGAUUCUACUGAAGUGAAAGUAAAUUAAAAUCUGAGUCGGAGGCAAUUUAAAGACAUUUAUCUACCACUCUGAACUGAAAAUAUGACUUCUGGACAAAAAUCAAAGCUGUAAUUCUUUUCUUUCUCUCUCUCUCUCUCUCUUUUCUGUCUGCCUCCUUUAUUAGUUUCCUGCACUACAUUUGGAAGACAAGUUAAUCAGGUAACAUUUGUAUAAUCCACAUCUGGGCUCCCAUCUUUGCCCUUGUUUCAUAUUCCGUGAUUAUCUCGUGAGUCUCAAUCCUCUUGUUCUUUACGCGUUAUAUCUGGACUUCUUGCAACAGACCUGACAGAUUUUGGCCCACUGCAUGCUGUUAAGAGCGGCCGUGAUGUAUCAUGAGGAGCUUUUAGAGUCCAGCUAUAGUGAGGUAGUUCAGUUUAAAUCUCAAUUUAAGUCGCACUAGUGCUGAUUGUUUGCAGUUUUAGGACCUACAGGCUGUAAGUUUGACUGUUGCUUUGGGAGCCCCAGCUCAGAUGUUUUGUACAUUAUUUACGGUAAAUUUGAUGCUUUUGUUUUUUUAUAAACCUAAUUAAAGGAUUACGUUUGAGGAGCUGUGUUUGUCCACUUUCUUGCUGAAAGUUGGAUGAGAAGAUGCGCAUAAAGCAACACUCAGCUGCUGGUUAGUUUAGCACAAAGACAUGAUUCAGGUGAAACCAGUGCCGGUGAAGCUAAGCUGAUCAGCUUUUACUUUAACUGACACAUGAGUGCUGUAGGUCUCGUCUUCUCAGCUCGCUCCCCAAACCCCUUACCUGACACUUUACCUGCCUUUUUGUUGAGGCAGCUGUCAGAGCUUCGAUCUCCAGAAUGAAAUGAAUAAAAUGUGCUUGACUGUUAAAUGAUCUAAAUAAAUCUGCCCUGUCGGUUUAACUCGUCACACUAACAGCUGCAUCACAUCUGUCUCUUUCACAUCGAUUCCAUCCACUGCUCACCUUAAGCACCAGUCUUGUACUGUACAGUCUUUUUUGUUUUUGUGUUUUUAUGUGUUCAUACUACAAAUCGGGCAUGUACGUUGGAUUAAAUAUUUAAAUAAACUCUGUGUACAUUUUAUAGCGAAUCAGUUGAAAAUGGUUAUUUUUUUGUUUUCCUCUCUUGUUGAUCAACUUACCAGUCUGUGGUUUAAGAAUGAUAAGUUGCUGCUGUAGGUUUAGUUUCUCCACGUGAGGAUCGACGUUAGUGGAAACGCGUGAAUAGAUCUGACAGGAAAAGCUUUUGAUUGUGAUGAGCGGGCAGGAGAAGGUGUCUGUCUGUCUUUUAAAGAUAUCUCUGGUAAUUUAUUUUUGAAUAAGAUGUUUACCUUAAGAAUAAAUCAUCAACACAA